GAUUGCCGAUGUAGUCGAUCAACAGUGUGCCCUUCUGCUUCGAGCACGCACACGUCUGCUCCCGGUUGGAUAACUUUGCUAGCUCAUUGAUGGACCAUAGUAGAAGAAAAUGACAGAUUACGCCGAAGAGCAGCGAAACGAGCUGGAAGCUAUAGAGUCAAUUUACCCGGACUCGUUUACAGGUGAGCUUUCUGCGAGUCUGUCUCGGUUGGUUUGCAAGCUGGAGAACGCUAGCUAGCUAGCCAGCUGGCUAACUCAGGUUAGCAGUGUGGUGCCAAUUUAGCUAGCUAGCUAGCUAGCUAGCAUGCCAAAACCCUCGAAACAUCUAGGAGAAAUUGUCUUAGCCAACUCCUUAGCUAUCAUGUUUAUAGUUAUAGCUAGAAACGAUCACAUAAUGAAACGCCCUCAAUCACCACACACUCAAAGUUAGUUAGUGCCAAUGCACUGUUUAGCUAGCUAAACAAACUCAACUGCACUGACAGUGCCACACAGUUGGGCCAUUCAGGCUCUUCAGCAGGUGAGUUGAUCAUAAUUAACAUCUUCCACUUUUCAACAGCGCAAGUCUUUUAGAGCAACAGGAACCACUUUUUGUUCUAACUUUUGCUUUUCAUUCAUUUCCAUAACAAUGAUGUGACUGCUAUGCUGACUUUCAUAUUUGUUUUGGCCCUCCUGUAGUGCUAUCAGAGGUGCCCACCAGCUUCACCAUCACUGUGACAUCGGACGCAGGAGAAAACGAUGAAAGUAAGCAGUAACCUAACCUAUCACUCUCUGGCCUGAGUCUUGUGUCUGUUGGGCUACACUAGCCUGGUCCCAUAUGACAUAACUCGUCAGUCAAGUUGGCUAAUUAAACCACUUACGGAUCUGGGACCAUGCUAGGGUUUUACUACAUUAUUGUUUGUUUAUUUGUUAACCUAAUGCCUCUGUUCUGUGUUACUGUAGCGGUUGAAGUGACACUACAGUUCACUUAUGUGGAGAAGUAUCCAGACGAGGUGCCGGUGUGGGAGAUCUAUUCCCAGGAGAACCUGGAGGAUUCAGACGCAGAGGGCAUCCUCACCUUACUGCGGCAGCAGGUGUGUUACACGCAUGUGCACACACUCACUCAUAGGGCUGUUACGGUGACCGUAUUGACAAUAUUAGCCUAUCACUUGUGAAUGAUAUAUUAUCACUUGUGAAUGAUGCCCAGCUUAAGGCAAACAGCGCAUGCUUUUUUGCGACUUUUUCAAAUCAUAGUCGCACACCUCAUGUAGCCUAGCCCAUAGGCCUAUAUGUUUUGAUAAGGUUUGUAUCACAACUAAAGUGGCCAAAUAACUUCUUAAAAUGAAGCACAUUAAUCCGCUUUACAAUGGGUGUAGAGCCUAACUGGCAUACAUACGCAACGUGUGAGUUUCAAGUUUGGGGAAGAUAAUUUUCACCAUAAAAAUGCACAUUUAUAAUAAAAGCAAUACAUGCAUAAUCGUAUUUGUGGUCACUUUUGAGAGUGGUGUUUUCCUGCUAAUAGAACAUUCGCUCUUAUAGCCUACUGCCUGCCGUGUGCGCAUUGCUGCGCUUAUAAUGUAAAGAAAUAGCUUAAUAGUUUAUCAACAUUUUAAGCUAAACGUUCUCAUCUGUUGUGUCAGGCUCAUUACUUAAAACAGGUUUUUUGAUGCUAGUGGUUGUAUUAAUUUGGGAUCUAUUGCAUCCCACAACUGUCCUGGACUAUGUUUGGAAUAUUUAUUUAUUGCACAGAAUAGAAUAGGCCAACUUUUGAACUAUGGGGGAUAGUAGAUUGACAUAGGCUAGAGCUUUUGCUGUUCAUUAGGCCUACUCAUUUUGUUGGCUGACGAAAAGUAAAUGUGGACAGUUCUUCCAAUAUCUUCAAUAUGCGCCUCGGAAUUGGAUAAGGACGCACGCAGUUGCGUCCCAGAUGUGUCUGUCUUCACUUGUAGGCUGUGAGAAAGCCCUGAUCACUUGACUGAGAGCCAUGUGAGUUAGAGGUGCUGCGGUACGCAGUGGGGAGAAGGAAAUCAUUAUUAUAUGCAGCCCAAGGGCAUAACGGCCACUGUCCGCAAAAGGCAUGGAUUUUUUUAGGGGGAUUAUAUCCACACAAAGGAGAUGCAGCCAGGAAAUUCGAGGCAUUAUCAAGUGCUUGUCAAAUUGUGAAAGAGACUGAUGAAGUGUGUACAGCCUGCGCAAAAAACUAAGCAGAGCUCAUGCCAUUCAUGCGACUUUUCAAAUCAUCAUUAGUCGCAUCAGAAUGUAUUAAAAAUCUAAACAUAUAGCCCAACAUUUGUAUCACAACAAAAGUUACAUAAAUAACUCUAAAUUAAGCAUAUAGGAGUACCUGUUUCUUUGUUAACCGCUCAACACAGAAUAGCACUCCCUCAAAUCGUUUGGAGAAAAUAUCCUUUAUUUUUUAUUCAGCUAUGUUCAAUUGUAUUCUUCAUACUAUAAAAUAAUGCCACGGAAUUCUAAGCAAAUCUUGUCUGCUAAAUGAACUAGUGUAGCCCACAGCCAUAUGGCAUAGCCAGAUCAGGGCCUAACAUAAGGACAAUGCAGAGUAUGCUAUUCUGUUCUUCUGAAAUAGACUACAUUUUCUUCAUGUCAUGUCAUGUUUCUUUAGACAUGCAGAUGUUCCAAAGGUCUGCAUCAGUGGCUUGCAGGCUAUGUGUGGAAGACAGGAGAUGCUAAAUGUGUUUGUUAAUUAACAGUCAAUUACCGUGCAAAUAAUUACAGUCACCGGCUGACAGCCCUACUCACUCACUCACUGUCACCCACAGUCUGUCUGUUCCACCAUCCUCGCCUUACUGCAGCUCUGUCUGUCUGUUUGUCCGUCUGUCUCUCUCGGCCUGUCUAUUCAGCCUUACUCGGCAAUGAGAGAGCUUACAUCUGUGUUUUUAUUUUUCUAGGCUGAGGAAAACCUUGGAAUGGUGAUGAUAUUCACCCUAGUUACAGCAGUUCAGGACAAACUGAACGAAUUAGUCGACGAGAUCAAAAACAGAAGAGAGGAAGACAAGAGGCGAAAAGAGGAGGCAGCGGAGGAGGCUGAGAAGGUGCUCUUCCAAGGAACAGUGGUCACCAUCGAGAACUUCCUGUCAUGGAAAGCCAAGUUUGAGCUGGAGAUGGCUGAGUUGAGGAGGAAACGGCAGAAAGAGGAGGAGCAGCAGCAGGCUGGAAAGAUUAAACUCACAGGUAUGUGUCUACCCCCCAAACCCCUCUACAUCCCCAGCCUAAAGCUAUCUGGAUUAGGGUUGAAUGGCGGGAACCCGGUUACUGAGAUUUACCGCCCAAAGCCACUCCCUUUUCCCGGGAUAAAUAACUGCGAGAAACUGGUAAAUUAUAAUAAAUUAUUUAUAUGAACAGCUUGGCGUGAAAUGGAACUGUUAAAAUUAUAUGCAAUGUCUAAAUCUGGCUUCUCUACGGCCUCUGCAUGAUGGGUGGGGACAGACAGCCCAUCUCAGUAUGGAGCGCAGUUCACAAUGCAUGUAGACCCAUCAUCUCAUCAUGGUAACUUUUUUUUCUUGUGACAGGUAGGCCUGCAAUUGCUGCAGCAUAGUCUAUGCUACAGUAAUAUAAAGACCGAAUGCGCGUCUACUUUACCCAUCUCCAUCUGGCUUUCGGGGGUCACCCUAUUUUUUUUAUUUAAAGAUUAUUUUUUAUUUCAGCUGCAGGUUUAAAACAGCUUAUCACUCCAAUAUCAUUGCUUUAAAUCAGUGCACGCUCGAGCACUCUCUCGCAGUCUUUCUCUCUCUCCAUCAACUCCAUUCAAAUUGCAUCCAAAAUAGAUCAUCCUGUUCUAGAUGUCCUAGCCUACCUCUUUCAGGUAAUACAUUCAAUGCAGUAUUAGUCUUAUAUUGAACUAAUUAAUGAUGAUUUAUGCAUAAUAAGCUUCUAAUUUAUAGCCUCUGUCUCUUGCACAAUAAGCACGCACCGGUUUUUCCGCUGGCCUCUCUCCUUAAAAAAACACUCCUUAGCUCUUGGGAGUCCCAUGCAGGAAAAGCUAGACUAGAAUAGCUUGCUGGACAUGAUUUGUUUAGCAUUUCUUAUACCAAUAGACUAUUCGAAGAGGGACGCAAGCUCUUGUUUGCUGAAAGUUGAAUACAGCAGCCAAUCGAACUCACGGGUAGUUUGAAAGAAGAGCGAAUGUGCGAUGGCAGUAGGCUAUAGCAGUUAUUUAUUCAGACCCAUAACCAUUCAAUCUUCGUGAAGAGAAGUGAAAGCCUUCGUGAAGAGAAGUGAAAGCAUCUAAUUCUAGUCCUAUAUUAUUCAAAGAUAUCAUUAGAAUGAUGACGAUGAGGACAAUGAAACUUAUUUCAUUUAACUGUUGAAAGCGAGGAACGAAUGAAGCAACAAUAGAAAGAGGAGGUGGGCUAACAUUUGUGGAAAUAUUUUGAAAGGUAUAUAUUUCAUCAGCCUACUAAUUAUACAAACAGAUCCUAUUAUAUUUUAAAAUUAAAAUCAUAUUCGCUAGCCUAUGCUUGUAACUUUGUAGGCUGCAUGUGCUGCACCAGAAUUACAUCUUCUCUCCCUACUUUAUCAUGGUUUGAAUGAUGUGCGUAAUUCCAGUCCAUAUAUUACAGGUAAAUACAAUACAGUACAGUAAUACAGUUCAGACUCAAAAAGAUUAGCCUACUGGAGCUCAUUUCAUUUAUUAACCUAAGAGAGCAUAUAGCUAGCUACAUCUAUGGGCUUUUAUGUUUUUCUGUCGUGCAUAAUGUGCAGUAGCCUAUAUCAUAUACAGUACCAGUCAAAAGUUUGGACACCUACUCAUCCAAGGGUUUUUCUUUAUUUUUAGUAUUUUUUACAUUGUAGAAUAAUAGUGAAGACAUCAAAACUAUGAAUAACACAUGUGGAAUCAUGUAGUAACCCAAAAAGUGUUAAACAAAUCAAAAUAUAUUUGAGAUUCUUCAAAUAGCCACCUUUUGCCUUGAUGACAGCUUUGCACACUCUUGGAAUUCUCUCACCCAGCUUCAUGAGGUAGUCACCUGGAAUGCAUUUCAACUAACUGUAAGUCGCUCUGGAUAAGAGCGUCUGCUAAAUGACUAAAAUGUAAAUGUCUUCUUUAAAAGUUAAUUUGUGGAAUUUCUGUCCUUCUUAAUGCGUUUGAGCCAAUCAGUUGUGUUGUGACAAGGUAGGGGGGUAUACAGAAGAUAGCCAUAUUUGGUAAAAGACCAAGUCCAUAUUAUGGCAAGAACAGCUCAAAUAAGCAAAGAGAAACGACAGUCCAUCAUUACUUUAAGACAUGAAGGUCAGUCAAUCCGGAAAAUUUCAAGAACUUUGAAAGUUUCUUCAAGUGCAGUCGCAAAAACCAUCAAGUGCUAUGAUGAAACUGGCUCUCAUGAGGACCACCACAGGAAUGGAAGACCCAGAGUUACCUCUGCUGCAGAGGAUAAGUUCAUUAGAGCUACCAGCCUCAGAAAUUGCAGCCCAAAUAAAUGCUUCACAGAGUUCAAGUCACAGACACAUCUCAACAUCAACUAUUCAGAGGGGACUGUGUGAAUCAGGCCUUCAUGGUCAAAUUGCUGCAAAGAAACCACUACUAAAGGACACCAAUAAUAAGAAGAGACCUGCUUGGGCCAAGAAACACGAGCAAUGGACAUUAGACCGGUGGAAAUUUGUCCCUUGGUCUGGAGUCCAAAUUUGAGAUUUUUGGUUCCAACCCUGAGUCUUUGUGAGAUGCGGUGUGGGUGAGCGGAUGAUCUCAGCAUGUGUAGUUCCCACUGUAAAGCAUGGAGGAGGUGGUGUUAUGGUGUGGGGGUGCUUUGCUGGUGACACUGUCUGUGAUUUAUUUAGAAUUCAAGGCACACUUAACCAGCAUGGCUACCACAGCAUUCUGCAGCGAUACGCCAUCCCAUCUGGUUUGGGCUUAGUGGGACUAUCAAUUGUUUUUCAACAGGACAAUGACCCAACACACCUCCAGGCUGUAUAAGGGCUAUUUUACCAAGAAGGAGAGUGAUGGAGUGCUGCAUCAGAUGACCUGGCCUCCACAAUCCCCCGACCUCAACCCAAUUGAGUUGGUUUGGGAUGAGUCGGACGGCAGAGUGAAGGAAAAGCUGCCAACAAGUGCUCAGCAUAUGUGGGAACUCCUUCAAGACAGUUGGAAAAGCAUUCCAGGUGAAGCUGGUUGAGAGAAUGCCAAGUGUGCAAAGCUGUCAAGGCAAAGAGUGGCUAUUUGAAGAAUUUGUUUAACACUGUUUUGGUUACUACAUAAUUCCAUAUGUGUUAUUUCAUAGUUUUGAUAUCUUCACUAUUAUUCUACAGUGAGUAGGUGUUCUAAAACUUUUGACUGGUACUCUGUGUUGGAUAACAGCACAAUCACGUGGGUGUUUUUGGGCUUUGGCUCAUCAGGCUCAGGUAGCAUCAGGCUUGAAUUUUCAAUCAAAGCUCUAAUCAAAUCCAGACAUAGGCCUAUUUAUAUGCUUUAUGAUGCUAUUGAAUGGCACCUCUGGUUUUGGCUGGAAAUACUGGGUUACCGGGAGAAAAGUGAUUUUUUUCUCGGGAUGGAACAUUUGUAAAAUACCUGGAAAAUAUUCAACCCUAAUCUGGAUGCUACAUCUCUGCCAUCAUGUACAGUCAAAACAUAAACCCAAGUGCUUCAAGUUUUACAUUUUAUUUUAUUUAACCAGGAGAAGUCCAUUGAGUCUCUUUUGCCAGGGAGACCUGGCCAAGAAAGCGGCAGCAGUCAAUACAACAUUACAAAAUGUAAAACAAUCAACACGAUCCGGCCUACAGGAAACAUUUACACUCCUCCUGAACAUAGUUAGAAAGUUACAUGCCUCUAGUGCACAAUAGGAAAAAGUAGUCUUUCCUAACUUGGUAACGGCCCUGGGGACUUUAAGUAGCAACCACCUUGAAGACCGUGUCUGGUAACUGCUAGUGGUGAAGGAGACCAGGGUUCCAAGGUAGAGGGGGAGUUUACCCAGAAGGGCUUUAUAGGAACACAUACCAAUGUAGCUGUCAGCGAAUGUAAAGCGAGGUCCAGCCCACCAUUUGAUACAAGGUUCAAUGGUUGGUGAGCGUCUUGGCAUUUGUACAUGAUUAACACUUUUUGUUUUCUCUACCAGGAAAAAAGCUAUUUGAGACCGAUCACAAUCUUGACACAUCAGAUAUACAGUUCCUGGAAGAUUGUAAGUAUAGCGGAGUGAUACAACUGUAGUAUCUCUUUGUAUGUGUGCCUGAGUAUGUCUGAGGUAAGAGAAGUAUGGUGAUUAGUAAGGGGAUCUGUAAAAGGUUGUACAAUGUAACUUUGCUCUUUCCUCCCGUUCAGCUGGAAACAGUGUUGAAGUGGACGAGUCCCUCUUCCAGGACCUCGAGGAACUCGACCUGGAUGAAGACGACCCAGACUUUGACCCUCUGGCACUGGGCAGUGAUGAGGACUGAACUAGGAAGAAGAGGAGAGAGAUGCCAUGGGCAUGUUCCAGGCAGACCUGUUCAAAUACUAUUUGAAAUCUUUAAAAUAUUUUGAACUAGGAAGAAGAGAGAGAUGCGAUGCCCUGGGCAUGUUCCAGGCAGACCUGUGUUCAAAUACUAUUUGAAAUCUUUAAAAUACUUUGAGCAUUUGCUCUAGCCUGCCUGGAGUGCCAGAUGGGUGGGGAUUGCAGUUUUGUGACUAUUUUAUUGGUUCCAUUGUGCCUGGAAAGCUCAAUCAAGCCCAGAAAAAGCAUUUAAAAUAGUGUUUGAAACCAGGUCCAGUCCCAUGUCAUCUUUAUUGCAGUCACGUUGUGCCGCACAGAUUCAGAUCCCUCAACGCCUGAAGAAGUAUUUAGCAUCUCAGGAACAAAUUCUUCGGAGAUGCGCAGCGCGACUGUAAUAUUUACGACUUGAACGCAACCGAUUCUAACAGGAGGGGAUCAUCACAGUAUGACCAAACUCAGAGAAGAAAGACAACCAAUAACACCCACAUUUAUGUUCUGAACAUGAACUCUAACUGAAGUUGGCUGUAAACACAGAAUCACCUCUAAGGGCAUUCAUACACCCUUGUCAAUUAAUUGAUUUAUACCCUGAUGCCAUUAAAAAUGCACUAUGCAGAAAUCUCUCCCAUUUCCUGUUUGCAAAAAUUAUAUUUUGCUUAAUUUCAGUUUGUGACAAAACAAGCAAGUAUAGUGUAGAGAAUCAUUGUAACAUCUAAACUGCUGUGAAAUGUAUUUUCCAUAAACAAAAAUAUUGUAUUUUCAGCUGUUUGAAGCUGGUGUACAAAACCGAAAGUAAAAGAUGCAAAAACUCAACUUAAAAACAGGAAGCAUAGAAAUAGUGCACAUAGAACAGAUCUACUGCUUCUUAGACUUACUUUAAAUGAAAAUGACAGAUCUAUAACUCACAUUUCUAUGUGAAUGUUGUCGGGUCGCCCAAAAAGUUAUAUGCAAUCCAAUAGAUAUAUGCUCACAAUUCUGUGUGGAAUUGACAUGUGUUGAGUACUUUUCUUGGAUGUGGGGGACUAAGGACUUUACAUUAUCUAGAUGAGGUGAUGGCGAUCUGAAUGUGAAAAAUAGGGAAUAAGUGCUUGCCGGCUUGGAAUUCACAAGGCAGUUGUAGGAACCCUGACUGGCCCACAGAGGGCAGCAGCACAUUUGUUAUGGAACAUAACCUUCAAAAGACACUUGGUUGAAUUCACUGUUUAAUUAUUCAAUCACAUACAGCUAAAAUGAGUCAAGACAAUUGCUUUUUUAUAUAUUUAAACUUUAUGAAUACAACAUUAUUUUUUAUAUACAUUAAAAACCGAAUGAAAUCAUGUGGGUACAGCGCAUGAGAAAUUACUGUACACUUGUAAAAAUGUUUUUCCCUCCUUCAAAUAGAAAACGUGUAAUUUACAUAGUUUUAUAGAUACAUUUUGGAUUGAUAGCUACUACACUGAACUAAAAUAUAAACGCGACAUGGAACAAUUUCAAAGACUUUACUGAGUUACAGUUCAUAUAAGGAAAUCAGUCAAUUGAAAUAAAUUCAUUAGGCCUAAUCUAUGGAUUUCACAUGACUGGGAAUAGAGAGAUGCAUCUGUUGGUCACAGAUACCUUUUUUUUUUUAAAGGGUAGGGGCGUGGGUCAGAAAACCAGUCAGUAUCUGGUAUGGCCACCAUUUGCCUCAUGCAGAGCGACAUCUCCUUCGCAUAGAGUUGAUCAGGCUGUUGAUUGUGGCCUUUGGAAUGUUGUCCCACUCCUUUUCAAUGACUGUGCGAAGUUGCUGGAUAUUGGCAGGAACUGGAACAUGCUGUCAUACACGUUGAUCCAGAGCAUCCCAAACAUGCUCAGUGGGUGACAUGUCUGGAAGAACUGGGACAUUUUCAGCUUCCAGGAAUUGUGAACAGAUCCUUGCAACAUGGGGAUGUGCUUUAUCAUGCUGAAACAUGAGGUGAUGGCGGUGGAUGAAUGGCAAAAAGGCCUCAGGAUCUCGUCAUGGUAUCUCUGCAUUCAAAUUGCCAUCGAUAAAAUGCAAUUGUGUUGUCCGUAGCUUAUGCCGGCCCAUACCAUAACCCCACCGCCACCAUGGGGCACUCUGUUCACAAUGUUGACAUCAGCAAAUGCUCGCCCACACAACGCCAUACACGCUGUCUGCCCGGUACAGUUGAAACCGGGAUUAAUCCGUGAAGAGCACACUUCUUCAGCGUGCCAGUGGCCAUCGAAGGUGAGCAUUUGCCCAAAACGCUGGUGGGGACUACGAGCACACAGAUGAGCUUCCCUGAGAUGGUUUGUGACAGUUUGUGCAGAAAUUCUUCAGUUGUGCAAACCCACAGUUUUAUCAGCUGUCCGGGUGGCUGGUCUCACAUGAUCCCGCAGGUGAAGAAGCCGGAUGUGGAUGUCCUGGGCUGGUGUGGUUACACGUGGUCUGCGGUUGUGAGGUCAGUUGGACGUACUGCCAAAUUCUCUAAAACGACGGAGGUGGUUUAUGGUAGAGAAACUAACAUUCAAUUCUCUGGCAACAGCUCUGUUGGACAUUCCUGCGGUCAGCAUGCCAAUUGCACGCUCCCUCAACUUGAGACAGGCGGAUGGAUUAUCUUGGCAAAGGAUAAAUGCUCGCUAACAGGUAUGUAAACACAUUUGUGCACAACAUUUAAGAGAAAUAAGCUUUUUGUACAUAUGGAACAUUUCUGGGAUCUUUUAUUUCAGCUCAUGAAACAGUUUUGUUUAGUAUUGCUUAUAACUAGCUAAUUAAGUACUCUAGGGUAACUUGUUACUCUAAGGUAGGUUUUUUUCUGGAUCAAUAAGGGGCUUAGGUGGUGGGCGUGGCAGGGGGCUGAAUUUUAGAGAACAUUUCAGAGGCCCUCAUCUUUGCAGUUUUAAAGCACAUUUCCUGCGAUUCUACAUAUUCUGCCAUGGAGCCGAGAGAAACAUUUUCAGUUUUAAAGCACAUUUUCUGCAAUUCUAUGUAUUUUGCCAUGGCUUAUGCUGUGUUCUUUUGCUCAAACAUAAAAUCUGUACUGCUAAAUUAAUUGUUUUGGGGAUUUUUCAAUUCUCCCCGACUGUCUAGCUUUUAUUUUAGUGAUUGUUAGUUCUCAAAGAUUAUAUUAUGUAAGGGAUAAACGCCCACGUGCUGUACAUUAUAAACAAGUAUUCAACAAUAAUGUGGUAUAAUAAAAAAUAUGCAGCUCCAUUAUAUUUUCUACAUACUUUAGUCAUUUAAGUUUACACUGAAAGCGUUUUUCCAUCCCGAAAAAAAGUUAUUUUUACAUUGUUUGGACUUAGGUCACCCGAUAAAAUGCUUAGGGGGCCCGUCGAAGGAUUUCAAAAAUCCCUGCAAGACGUGAAUAUGAUGUCAUCACGUGGCGCUAUUGACGUCAUUGAUGUCCCACGCAAAGGAGAGAGGUAGGUCCCUCAUCUUCUCCUGGAAGACACUGUCAAAUCUCUCGCUCUGUGCAACAGUGAAAUGGUUCUUCCAGUCCCCAAUGGUCCCUGUCAGAGUGUAGAUGGAAAUCAGUCAAGAAUUUAAAAGAGUAUUAAAGAGAAAUUGCACCACUUUCCAACGUCAUUUUCAUCAUCUCCAGCACAAUACCAGUGUACAUACAGUAUGUGAAAAAGGCACAUUUCUAUGUUUAGUCUAAAAACCUCUAAAGUUAAGGUUCUACCCGAUAACAUAAUCAAACACUGAGAUUUGUGUGACGUGGGGAGUAAGAAAACACCCUCCCUCUGGCUAGAAACUUGUUUUAAAUCACAGUUUUUCUUACUUUUAAUCCUACCCUGUGAUGUCACAUUCUUUUUUUUAGGACCUUAUCUUUUUAACCACAUCAUAGAAAUGCGCUGUUUUCACAUAUGUAGACACUGGUAUGGUGCUAGAGAUAAUGAAUAUGAGGUUGAAAAGUGGCGGAAUUGCCCUUUAAGAUAAAACAAUCAAUUUAAUUGUCCUUUAGGUUUGCACAAAUUAUAAUCCAGAUGGCUGUAUAUCCAUCUGAACAUUGGUUCCGUGUAAAUGUUCCUGGGACAGUCAGGGGCUGUAUAUGGGCCUGGUGUUACAAGUACAGUGCUAUAAGCCCUUUGUGAUUGCCCUUGGCUUGAUUGUGGCUGAAAUAAGACGCAGCUUGUGCCAUGGUCUCGCUGAAUCACACACACAAAAAUCCUCAUACCAGAGUGUAUUGAUAAGGAGACAGGCGACCAUUCUGUUAUCAGGUUAUAUUAUGUUGACUUACAAGGUGUGACGUGCAUACCUUUCCUCAUAAACGUGCCCUUGUUGUGGUCAAGCAGGGAGUCUGGCACCGUCUUGUAGUUAGCCUGCAGGUUCUGUUUCAUGGUUCUAAAGGUGCUGUGUUCCACCACACUGGCCAUCUGCUCCUCUGUCAAAUCCUUCCCUAGAAACCUGCACAUCCUCUCCACGAUGGAGCGCAGGUCCUGCAACACACACACCGUUCAUGCUUCGAGACUCAUGCAAACUCACAAGCCAACUCAAGAGUACAGCACAGGAUGGACAAGUAGAUGGACAGGUAGGUUUUGCCACUGUUGGUACCUUGAUCAUGUCUUCAUAUGUGAUGUACAGGAAGUUCAUGUUGUGUCUUUUAGCGUACCACGUCUUGAUGUGCUCAAACCAACAGUUCCCAUAAACUGCAACACACACAGCAAAGACUCAAAUGGAUACUCACACACAGCCUACCACCAUGAUAGCACAGUUGAGCCUAAGGAUACUACAGACCAAAGUGUUUAGAAGGCUUUCGACAUCAUUCAUUUCAAAAUAAUCACAAUUAACUGACUUAACUUAUCAUAGACCUGGUGUAUACUGUAAGCGUAAAGCAUUGUUGGCUAGUGCUAACUCCCCAUAGAAAAAAUAUUCAGCCUUGCACAUCAUGUAUGAAAUGCAUAGUCCUAAACAGGGCCAACGGCACACAUUGUACUUACCUUUCCCUUCCAUGAAUUUCUCAAAGAAAUCAUUGAAGUCCUUCGGCGUCUCCAGCAUGGCUGCAUAUUUGUGGAAGUGGUAAUAGGACACGAGAACAUCCUUAGGGUUUCUGGCCACAUAGAUCACCUUAGGGAAGCAAGGUCAUACUGCAUAUCAAUAGAUUGAUUAUUUUUGAUAGUCAAUCAAUAUCAGUAGUAAUACUUUAAUGAAAGUAAUGAUGAAUGGUGAUAAUAGACUUUGGGUAACACUUAAAGCCUGCAGGUAUUAUGCAUUCUAAUGCAGUUAUAAUGCAUUGUAAGACUUAAAAUAAGCAUGUAUACGACCAUUUAGAGUAUUUUGGUACAUAGAGAGAUAUAACAUAUUAAAAGCCUUAUUAUAAGGCAUUAUAGAGGCUCAUAAAUAAGUAAUAAAGCAUUAUGCCUGCAGGCUAACACCAAUACCAAAGUACUAAUUAUGCUAAGUGCUAAUACCCACAGAAUAAUACCAAAGUGUUACCAAAAUGAUUAAUGCAUUCCACUGACCUUUCCCUUCUUUUGUCUGACGGCGAGCGGCAUGAACUUGUACUGCAGGUGGGUGACCCGUAGCCUGGGGGAUGGAGUGGCAUUAAACUCCUUCUCACCGCCAAUCAGCUCGAUCCAUGGGACGCGCUGCGCGUUGAGAUGCUCUGUGGUUGGAGUGACGUCACCUUUGGCUUCUAUCAGAGUCAGAAUCUGCUGCAUCCAGAUCGUCCCUGUCAAUCAUAGCAGAGCAGACACUACAGGUCACCCAGAGGUCAUUUCAAUUCAAUUUAAACUUUACUGUCCAUGCAGGGACAAUGUGGCAUGUCGGUCCUACCAUACAAUGUACAAUACCGUAUAGCUUGGCCCUUUCACCUCACUGCACUACCUUUGAUUUGAUAACACCAACACAUUGUUUAACUGACAAUUCAGGGGUUUUGAUGGGGGAAAAUGUAGUGAACUUUUGUUUCUCAGGGAUUCUACACUACAUGACCAAAAAUAUGUGGACAUCUCAUUCCAAAAUCAUGGGCAUUAAUAUGGAGUUGGUCCGCCCUUUGCUGCUAUAACAGCCUCCACUCUUCUGGGAAGGCUUUCCACUAGAUGUUGGAACAAUGCUGCAGGGACUUGCAUCCAUUCAGUCACAAGAGCCUUAGUGAGGUCAGGCACUGAUGUUGGGCGAUUAUGCCUGGCUUGCAGUCGGCGUUCCAAUUCAUCCCAAAGGUGUUCGAUGGGGAUGAGGUCAGGGCUCUGUGCAGGCCAGUCAAGUUCUUCAACACCGAUCUCGCCAAACCAUUUCUGUAUGGACCUCACUUUGUGCACGUGGGCAUUGUCAUGCUGAAACAGGAAAGGGCCUUCCCCAAACUGUUGCCACAAAGUUGGAAGCACAGAAUCGUCUAAAAUGUCAUUGUAUGCUGUAGCAUUAAGAUUUUCCUUCACUGGAACUAAGGAGCCUGGCCCGAACCAUGAAAAACAGCCCCAGAACAUUAUUCCUCCUCCACCAAACUUUUACAGUUGGCACUAUGCAUUGGGGCAGGUAGCAUUCUCCUGGCAUCCGCCAAACCCAGAUUCGUCCGUCGGACUGCCAGAUGGUGAAGCGUGAUUCAUAACUCCAGAGAACGUGUUUCCACUAAUCGAGAGUUCAAUGGCGGCGAGCUUUACACCACUCCAGCCGACACUUGGCAUUGCGCAUGGUGAUCUUAGGCUUGUGUGCAACUGCUCGGCCAUGGAAACCCAUUUCAUGAAGCUCCCGACAAACAGUUAAUGUGCUGACAUUGCUCCAGAGGCAGUUUGGGACUCGGUAGUGAGUGUUGCAACCGAGGACAGAAGAUUUUUAUGCGCUUCGCGCUUCACCACUCGGCGGUCCCGUUCUGUGAGCUUGUGUGGCCUACUACUUCGCGGCUGAGCUGUUGUUGCUCCUAGACAUUUCCACUUCACAAUAACAGCUGUUACAAUUGACCGGGGCAGCUCUACCAGGGCAGAAAUUGUACUAACUUACUUGUUGGAAAGGUGGCAUCCUAUGACGGUGCCACGUUGAAAGUCACUGAGCUCUUCAGUAAGGCCAUUCUACUGCCAAUGUUUGUCUAUGAAGGUUGCAUGGCUGUGUGCUCGAUUUUAUACACCUGUCAGCAACGGGUGUGGCUGAAAUAGCCGAAUCCACUAAUUUGAAGGGGUGUCCACAUACAAAUAUACUAUAUAUACAAAGGUAUGUGGACAUUGUCCUGCCUACCCUCACUGUGCUACUCCUGCCCUGAUACGGUGCUUAUGGGACAUGGUGUCUGUUACACUUUAAUCUAGCCUGGUUUAAACCAUUGUUUUCAGCCAAUGGGAGAAUAACAGGGUAUGCAGCAUUCCACCUAAUGUAAGGAUGCGCAGGGAGAUUACCGAAGAUACCAGUUUUGUUGGCUUAAAACAACUAGGACAUUUCUUUCACUUAUCUGGGCUGCUGGACUGAUACAGGUUGAGAACAGAGCCCACUAACAGAUAAGCAAAGUAAACUCCCUAAACGAGAUCUACUCAGUUGAGCUGAUAAACUGUGUAAGAGGACCUUAUAGGAAGAGAUGAAAAGAGGUAAGUAGGGCAUGCAGGCAUGUUUUAAAAGCGGUGAACAAGUGGGUAUUCUAGGUAAGUAUAUCCAUGCUGUCUCCAGUGCUCACCUGACUUGGGAUAAGUGACUGCGAAUAUGUCUGAGUCUCGGAUCUCCCAGUUCUGGAUCUGGUCGACCUCGUCGGGAGAGUGGACCCCAUUGAUAAGGUUGAAGUUCCGGUGAGGAACCAGGAUAUAGUCCAGAACCUGGGGAUCAGUGGAAUCCAGAGGAUCUGA